UUGAAUUUUAUAUUUGUAUAAUUUGUAUGUUUAUCUCAACACUUUCAACGUACAUCAGCUUAAGACGUUGACUGUUAUAUAUACAUUGUAUAUAUUGAUGAAAGUUUCUGCUAAGUUUAAAUAUAGUGACGAUAUAAUGAAACAGACUAGAAAUGUUGAUUCAGUACAGUUGAUUAUUGAAUUAUUGAUUUUUAUAAUUGCAAAGUUUAGAUUUCUUGUAACGUUUGUUUGAUUUAAAUUCUGUUGAAUGCUAUGGAUCUAUCAAAACGCUUUAAAAUACCAUAUGCAGGACCUAUACUAUAUCCGAUUAGGCGAAAACGACUUUGGACUAUUUUUCUAAGUAUUUCUUUCGUGGUCGUAAUAUUAAAUGCAGCUCUGCUGGUCAUAUUCAAUGGAGAGCUUUUGAGAGGGAACUCAGAGGGUCAAGUUUUACAUAUGGCUACUCGCAUGAAAGUACUUUAUCAAAGGUGUAUAGGAAUCAAACAAGACGACGUUAAAGAGAAUCGCAAAUCAUUGUUUAAAAAUAUAAUUGUCAACGACAAGUACAAAAUAAUGUUCUGCUAUGUCCCAAAGGUGGCAUGUACUAAUUUCUUACGUUUAUUGAUUUGGUUAAAUAACACAAAUAACGUCUUUAAUACGGAGCUGAUAAAAACACCCAACGUUCACAUCUUAAAAAAGAGUCUGCCUAGUUUAGGUAUGUUUGAACCUCAAGAAAUAAAACAUCGUUUAAAGCAUUAUAGAAAAGUUAUUUUCGUUCGCGACCCAUUAGUUCGUCUUAUUUCAGCUUUUAGAAAUAAGUUUAUUGAAACAAAAAAUACAUAUUUCAUGUCACGAUACGGAAAAGCAAUAAUACAGAGAGCUAAAAAUGGCUCUCUUAAAGAUAUUCCAGAAAUAGGUACAAUAACAUUUUCUGAGUUUUUAAUAUACUUGGCAGAUAAAACAACUAUCAGGCAAGGAUAUGAAGAUCAUUGGAAACCAUUCAAAGAUAUUUGUCACCCGUGCUACAUAAAAUAUGAUUUCAUUGGAAAAUAUGAAUCAAUCGAAGAGGAUGUCGGAUAUCUUUUAAAAAUGCUAAAUGUUCAGAACAGAUUCAAAUUUCCUGAACGAGAAAAGCAUUAUAACCAUACAGAAUCGGCACAUAUGAUUUCUUCCUUUUUCAAAGACGUUGAUCCAGAUAUAUUCAGCAAACUUAUCAAAGUAUACGCGGACGAUUAUGCUUUAUUUAAUUACAGCAUCCCGUCCUUCUCCGUUAUCACUAGUACCUAGUAUUUUUACGUAUAUGUCAUUUUAUCAUCUGAUACAAUUGAUUGAAAAUUGAUGCAAUGGAUGUAUCGACCGUUUCCUUUCCAUGUAUUACUUGUAGAUGAGUGCUUUUCUUUAAUCACUAUGGAAUUAAGUAGAUAUUAUCAUUUUGUCAAAUAAUGUAAAUGCCGGUGCAACUUUACGUUUUCCGGAUAAGUUUCUGACAUGAAAAUGACUAAAAUUAAAAAUGAGUCACGCGAAAUAUGUUAUUACAAUGUGAUGUUAAAUACAUUCUUGUGAACAAGUAAUUCAUUAGUUGAAAAUAAAUUUUGUUUAUCGUAUUACUGCAGAUUAUAGCGGGUUGCCUGAAGCUAGUAAGUGUUUAAAAUAAGUUCAUUUUUUAAAAUUUAAAUCCAUUUACAAAUGCAAAUGUCUAUUUAUACAAGUUUAUUUUAUACUUAAAGAUUAAACAGCAAUGGAGGUUUU